AUGGUGACACCAAGGAAUUGGGCCUUCUCAGUGUUGGCCCCCAAUCUGUGGAAUAAGUUUCCAAUUGAGGGUGGUUUCCUUGUGUUUGUGUUUCUCCAGUUGGACCACUAUCCUCCAGUAAGCUACACUUUGCCAGGACCAUCAAAUCUUCAGUUCAACUCUCUGAAAUCACUUUUUCUAGGAAAAGUAAUAGAACUUGGAAGAAUUGAUCAAGAGAUCCAUAAAUACAAUACCCCAGGAUUCUCUGGUUGUCUGUCUCGAGUACAGUUCAACCAGAUUGCACCACUCAAAGCAGCCUUGAGAUCAACCAACAUCUCCUCUCGAAUCCACACAGAAGGAGAACUUGUAGAAUCCAACUGUGGAGCAAAUCCACAAACCAUCCAACCAAUGUCUUCUGCAACAAACCCAUGGCAUUCAGAUUCAGGUGCUGAUCUUCCUUACAAUGGUCAAGUGAUAGGAAAUGGUGUUAACAGGAAUUCCGCAAUUAUUGGAGGUGUUAUUGCUGUUGUGAUCUUCACCAUCCUUUGCACCCUGGUGUUCCUCAUUCGCUACAUGUUCCGCCACAAGGGGACAUACCACACCAAUGAAGCCAAGGGGGCAGAAUCUGCUGAGAGUGCUGAUGCAGCCAUCAUGAACAAUGAUCCUAAUUUUACAGAAACUAUUGAUGAAAGCAAAAAAGAGUGGCUUAUUUAAAAUGGGGGGAUGUUUUGAAAGUGGAAAUUGGAGUUGGACUAGGACGACCUUUUCAGCGAGAGCUCUUUUACAAACUCUUAAGCAUGUCUAGCUUUAAAAAGGGGGAUCCGCACAACUGGAGAAGAAAGGGACAAACAUUAAGACUAGAAAUUCAUCAGCAUUUCAGAACAGUUAAAGAAAGCAAUUGUUUUUAAACAAUUAUAGAACGAUUUAAAGCAAAUUACCCCCUUCUUAUAUCCAUAUAAACCAAAAGCAUAAUUUAAGACAUUCAGCAUUGGUUCAUGCUUGUCAGUGAGCAUCUGUCUUCUUUGUCUGUGGCUAGAGAUAUUCAAAAAUACCUAUCAUAAUGGAACAUAUUAUGGAACAUCUCUCUAUAUAUUUUUUAAAAGCCCUUUAUGAUAUACAUAAAUCUAUCUAUCCACAAAACAGCAAAUUGGUUUCUAAAGCUCUGGACAGUUCUUCUCAGAAGUUCUUACAUAGAUAAUUCCCUUAAAAAGAAGCUAUAAUAGCUGUAAUAUAUUUCAGUAAUUGUUAUUUAAAUGUGUGAUUUAGCAGCUUUAGCUUGGGCUUACAUGAUUGCACUACAACUUUAAAUGACAUAAAAUAUUUCCUCUGCUCAGCAAGUUCUGGCAACAGUCAUUCUGCUGUGGAAAAUAGAAAUCUAAGAGAUAUAUCUUCUGGUGUUACAAUUCCACGAUGUGAGAGUUGCUGUGCCCUGACCCGGUCACAUCUUCUGUUUGAGGUCACAGGGGAAGAACUAAUACUAUGUCUCAUUUAGACACCAGUACUGAUUUUCUUUCCAGGAGAGAAAAUGCUUGACUCUUUCUCAUGUGACUUGGGAUUUCCAAUAUUACUGAAUCAUGCAGGAAACUGCCAAGCUACAGUGGCUCCCACAUCACUAAUGGUAAAAGGUAAUCCUCUACAUUCCUAUCAAAGUGUAAUUCCCAUGAAUUCUUUUGUAGGUAAACCAGAACUGUCAAACUAAUUUAAAGUUGAUACACAGCUGAUAUUCAGAGAGCAAGAAACCCAGAAUAUAACAAGCAUUUGAGAGAAAAUCACAUUUGCCUGUUCUCAAUAUCUUAUCAACUUGUGUCAGACCUUUGAAAUCUAUAUCUAACAUAGACACCUGAUAAUGAUUGUGUAUAUUAUAUACUGAUAAAACAUGUUUUAAAAAGCCCUCUAUCAUUUUGUCUUUGUUAGAAAGAAGUAUCUUAAAGCAUAGGCAACCUUUUCCCCCUUCCAGAUCAGACCACUCCACAUAGUUCUGUUAUGAUUUGCCAACCUGAGAGCAGGACAACAUUUGUUCUACCUGUGACAUAUUGGCAUAUGUUAUACAUAUACAGACACAUAGUAGGGAAUUAGAGCCAGAUUUUACCAGUUUGUUUGCUUCUGUUUCCUAUACGUAGACCACUGCAACAAUAUUGCUACAGUUUUGGCAACACAUCUGAUCCAGAAAAAUUCAUAUAAAACGUGACAUUAACUUCUUUUUCUUCUUUCAUUCUCCCUUUAAAACUUUAUUGUGAAGGAUAUUUGUGAUGCAUUUUUUAAUAAAGAAGGUUGGAUAGUUCUAUGUGCAAGAAGAACUACAGAAUGACACAGUCCUGGUGCACAGCUUGUUUAAAAUGUACAUUUUUAUCACCGUUAAGGCAAUUUGAGGGCAAUAAGGCAAUAAAUGAUACUUCAGGGAUAAGACCCAUACACAUCAGUUUAGACUUGCACACUUCUUAAGUGAAGAGAUCAGAGACCAAUUACAUUCAUAAUGGCCCUUGGAAGCCAUGGUUGUGUGAAAAAGCUGUCUCCAACCAAAUAUAAUGACUUGAGCAUUCUUGUCAUAUGAAUGCUAUCCCUACUAGUGGAUCUGUGUCUAUCAAAUUAUAACAGAGACCACUUCUGUAAUCUGAGUCUGUUUCAAGCAGGCUGAACCACCAGAACUUUCCCAAAGAAUUCUGUGAAUUGUAAUUUAAUGAGGGUGAGUUCUUAGUUGUCUGUCUCUAGCCAUUUCACUCAACUUAAGUUCCUUGCAUUUCUUGGUUAAGUUUUGUGACAGCUAAAUGAGUAUGAAUCAUGCUUAAAUAUAUAUUGUGUAUCCGUCAUACAUCACUUCAUAAGGAAUUUCUUAUUGACUGGUCUUAGGAAAAGGCCUUCCCAUGUAGUAGAUUAUCCAGUACUUUGAUGGCUGUUGAUUCUUUAAUUAAAAGAAUUCCCACUGCUGAUUAAGACUAUUUUCCACCUGAUGAAGCCUUAUAGAAAGUUGUAGAGUUCAGUCUAAUGAAGAUGUAUUGUCUCUCACUUAUUAUGUUUUACAGAAAUAAUUAUUUCUUGUGAAAAGGUUUUAGGCCUGUGAAGACUCUGGAUUCAUGUAAUCCAUUUGCUCACUUUUGGUAUGCUCAGCUUUGAACCAUCAUCUAUUCAGAAUGAUUGAUUGGAAAUCCAAAAUAACUAGCUCAAUGUACUAAAUACUACUAUUCUCUUUUAGCUGAAUCCUCUCCUCCACCCCCACCCCUGUCGGUUGUGGACUACAGUGCUUUAUAUAUUACAAAAGCCUUGCGAACUGGACAGAAAACUUUCAUUUAGUAAUCUUCUAUAUUGCUACAUAUCUCUGUGCAUGUGUCUGUGUCCUUUCCCCUGAGUUUUGGUAAUGUCAAUAGGAAAUGUAUCCACAGAAAACAGAGAAGGAGAGAUAGGAAAUAGACUGUUGGAAGAAAUUUUGUCUAUGAGACAUAAAAUUCUCAUUCACCCUACUAAUUAUAAUGAGGAAUACAACUAUAUCUCCUCACUUUUAGGAAGCCAUUAAUGCCUUUGUGACAGCAGUGGCCAUUACAUUGCCUUCUUCUUCCUCUUUUUGAACCCAUCUGUGAGCCUAGCAACCAACUUUGCUCCUUUGCCAUACAGAAAGGAGCAAAGAGUGCCUUGCUUAAUAAACAUGAGAGGCAGAGGUUAAGAAUGGAUGUGAACAUACAGAAGUAAGUAAAAAUCUGUAUAUUCCCCUGUACGGGGUUGGGCCUACUACUAGCCAGGGUAAGAUGGUGGCCUCCGGCUCUUCACCAUGUAAGCUGGCCAUUGUUAGUGAUUUAUCUUCCUUUAACCUCCAUCUCUAUAGUCUUUUGCCAUUUCUUCUACUUGGAGCCAUGCAUAAUGCACAUAACUGGUUGAAAAGUGGUCACCACCAAUGGAAAUGGAGAUGAACAGGAGAAGAAGGUCCUGUUACUGCCACUAGCUGCUGCCAUCAUCACCAUCACCUAUUUACCUCAUAGGAACAAGUGUGGCAUUAUGGCAGUUAGGACAAUGGUAAUUGUCUUCAUGCCUAAGGGAGGGUUAAUUCUGAUGCUGCCCUUCUAUAUACGUUUUCACCAUCAGAUGAGCUUCUUGCUCUUAAAUAGAUUUGGUAUUCCUUUCCUGUAUUCCCAAUCUGGUGAGAAUAUUUGUCAUUGAAGUUUGUAACUGAGGUUUUUAUUUUGUUCUUCUUUAUAUACUAUGAAAAGAUCCUCUUCAAUGAGGAAAAGUAAAUUAUAUGAUAUGCUUGUA